UUUUUCAACUUCGGAAAUAAUCUGGUAAUAAUAAUAAAUCCUGUAAACAAACUGGAUAAUUCAACUGAAUUAUAGCGUUUUUUGUUAUGACAAUGUGCUUUGAUAAUUUUGAACGAACGUCUAUUUGAACGGUGAACCGCGUAUCUCGGAAACAGACUGUAAAUGGGGUACAGUGUUGCCAGACAGCACCAACGGCAAUUGUCAAAUUUGAACGUAAACCGAGCAUUUGUUUACAUUGGCCAUCAACGCAACGGCAACAAACGACGACGCUGGAGCGAAAGUGCUUUACAAACUCAUACCCAAACAUGGACCAAAACGGAAAGUUAUCGUUUGCGGAAUUUAACCAAAAACUUCUAAAAUAUAUUUCAAACAGUGUUCAUUGCGAUGCGCAAGAGAAAGACAUUAUUUCGCGCUUUAAGAAACUGGUCGAACAGAGAGAUGCCUGCCUUGCACAACUGCAUAAGAAGAAAGAACUGGAACUGGUGUACUCGGAGGAUAUUAAAGGUUUGCAACAGCAGCACGCGAAAGCAGUCGAAGUGUUGGAAGGUAUAGAAAAGAAAUGCAACCUUCUUGCGCUAGAGCAGCUGUCGAUUGAUGGCACACAGCUGCCGGUGAAAGAAUCGACAGAACAGAAUAAACCGCAAGGAUCGACUGAUCCAUCACACCAAAUGAAUGAAAUGCUGCUUAACCGAUUUUUGCGUAAAUAUUGCAAUUUGUACGUGCAGUUCAACGCUAGCAGCAGUGGAAUUCGUGUCCUAUCGUUAGCCGACAAUCAAUAUUACGAGUUUUGUUUGAACGACACCACAAAUGUUGCAGAAUUGAGAGAACACAUCUGGUCCAACUUAGCUGCCUCCAGUGGGCAUUUGAAUUCGUGGGAGAGUCUAUUGUAGUUUGUUCUGAGUUUUUUUUUUUAAAUAAUAGACUAAGUUUCAAUGCGUGUCUUAGCAGUAAGUGACUAUACAUCGAAAAUGGACGCAGACUAGCACAUUAUUGAAAUAAACAGUUAAUUUUUUGCCGAAAAAAU